UCCCUCUCUCUGACGCCUUCUUCUUCAAUGGAGGCUAUGAGAAGAGAGCAGCCCGCUGGUCUAGCCAAGGGCAGCCUGGAGAAGGCUACAUUCUCAAAGAAAGAGGAACUCGAAGCAGCGAGCAACGGAGAGGAGAAACCAGAUAGAGAGAAAGAAGUAGCAGCCAGACUGGCUUCUUCCCCUCCAGCAGAGACCAUGCUGAAUGGGACUGAAUGUGACGACACGAGGCACAAGAGCCCGACUCACGGCUCUCCAUUCAACAACAAGACUUUACCGCUGGUGAAUGAAAACGGCGCGUUAGAUAUGGAGCCACCGCACGCUUCUGUUACCGGAAGCAACGGAUUCAUUCUCACAAAGCAGCAGCAGCAGCAGCAGGAAGGUGUCUCUUCAGCGACGCUGGGUUCGGGAGUUUCCCCCCACAGGACUAACUGGCUGCCUUCGGGCUCACCGACAGGGGGAAACCGGGCCAAAUCUCCCCCGGCCUCGGACUCUGGGUGCACACACACUUCAGGGGCUCUAAGGACUGAUCCCAGUACAGGGACUACGUCAGGACCGGAGACACCAGACACUAAAAAUGGCACAGCCUCCUUUCCGGCCCCGGCUCCCGUCACCAUACACAGAGCGCGCAAGACCAUGUCCAGACCGGCUGUCAGCCCGGCUCAAAAGCUUAUUAACAGGGAAUUAAGAGAAGCUCAGACUGCCAAAAUGGAGACUGAAGUUUCACCUGCUGCUCAGAAACCCCCGCAGCAGAACCACCUACCUCAGAGUCCACCGGAUACACCAGCUUCAGCACAAACUGCUCCGUCAGCUUCACCAGCAGCUCCUGCAUCACCUCCAGCUCGUCCAGCUCCAGUCAAACUCCUCCUAGGCCCUUUCUCAGGAGGCUUGUCGUCCCGUAAGAAGAAGCGGAGGAUGGGAAUGUACAGUCUGGUUCCCAAGAAGAAAACCAAAGUGCUUAAGCAGAGAACUAUGCUGGAAAUGUUUAAGGGAAUGGAACAGUCUGCAAAAAGCCUGCAGAGUAAAGUUAUACCUAACAUAAACGGGGAGAAGGUGGAAAAUGUAUCUGAGGAGGAGGAAGAGUCCGAGGAGGUGGAGUCUGAGGAAGAGGAGCGGCAGCAGCCAGCAGGAGAAGCUGCCGGUGCGGCCCAGGAGGAAACAUCCGAACCCUCUCAGGGGGGAGAUGAGCAGGAGUUUGAAGAGUCUGCAGAAGAAGGGGGAGAGGAGGAGGGCACAGAGUCAGACCUGAGCACAGAGUCCAGUCUGAAGAAGAAACUGAAAAAUAAGUUAAAGCGAGACGCUGCGUGGCUCAGGCCGGCCAGGAAACGGAAGAGGCGGAUAAAGGCCAAAGAAAUGGAGGCGGUGGAUCAGCUUCAAGCCUCCGCUCCGGCUCAGACUGACGAGGUGAAGGAGAGCACUCAGAUCUCCUCACCCGACUCCCUCCCCCUCCAUCAGCCCCAAGAGGCAGCGGCUCCCGCUCAGAACAAAGAAGCUUCAGGGUCAGCGAUGGAGGAGGCUCAGGAGCUCCCUCUCUGCAGUUGCCGCAUGGAGACGCCGAAGAGUCGAGAGAUCCUCACGCUGGCCGACAGGAAGUGCAUGGCCACGGAGAGCGUGGACGGACAGCUGAGCCGCUGCCAGGGCGCCAUCUUGAAACACGAAAUGAUGCGCCCCUCCAACUCUGUGCAGCUGCUGGUGCUGUGCGAGGAUCACCGCAACGGCAUGGUGAAGCACCAGUGCUGCCCCGGCUGUGGUUUCUUCUGCAGGGCUGGGACCUUCAUGGAGUGCCAACCGGACCUCAGCAUCUCUCAUCGUUUCCACCGCGCCUGCGCCUCCAUGCUGAAAGGUCAAAGCUUCUGUCCGCACUGCGGAGAGGAGGCCAGCAAGGCCAAGGAGGUGACCAUCGCCAAGGCCGACACCACCUCCACCGUCCCCCCCGCACUCACACACGGCGCUGCAACACCCGGGGCCCCCGAGGGCCGAGCAGACACCACCACUGACAGCUCCUCUCGUCUGGCCGUGGGUUCUGAGGUCAGCGGCCGUGCCGACAGCUCGCUUCCCGCUCGUUUCUCACACGGCCUCGACUCGCUGGCUGUUCCCAGCGCAGCGCAGGGCGAAGCGCUGCAGGCGGGGAGCAUGCUGCCCCCUACAGUCCAGCAGGGGGCCCCCAGAGAGACUCUGGAGAGCAUCCUCGUGGCUCUAGAUACAGAGAAGCCUAAGAAGCUGCGUUUUCACCCCAAACAACUUUACCUCUCAGCCAAACAGGGAGAACUCAAGAAGGUGUUGCAUAUGUUGGUGGACGGUAUCGACCCAAACUUUAAGAUGGAGUCUCAGAACAAGCGCACCCCGCUCCACGCUGCAGCGGAGGGAGGCUUCAAAGACAUCUGCCACAUGCUCGUACAGUCCGGAGCGAACCUGGACAUGUGUGAUGAAGAUCAGCGGACGCCACUGAUGGAGGCCUGUGAGAACAACUUCAUAGAGGUGGUGCAGUACCUGCUGAGAGCCGGAGCCAGCGCCACUCACAAGGAUGUUGAAGGGUUCACGUGUUUCCACCUAGCGGCAAAGUCUGGUCAUUACAACAUCGUUGAGUACCUUCUGAACACCGGAGUGAUCAACAUCAACUGUCAGGAUGAUGGAGGUUGGACAGCCAUGAUCUGGGCGACAGAGUAUAAGCACGCGGACCAGGUGAAGCUGCUGCUGUGCAAAGGAGCCGACAUCAGCAUCAGGGACAAGGAGGAGAACAUCUGCCUGCACUGGGCGGCGUUCUCCGGCAGCGUGGAGAUCGCCGAGCUGCUCCUGAACGCUCGCUGUGACCUGCAGGUCGUGAACAUCCACGGAGACUCUCCUCUGCACAUCGCUGCUCGGGAGAACCGCUUAGAAUGUGUCACUGACAUAGCUCUGGGACAGGAGAGAAUUCCCCUCCCGUGUGUCAACUCUGUGGACAGUGAGCCUCACCCAGACGACUACAAAUACAUCCCCGAAAACUGCGUCACCUCGCCCAUGAACAUCGACCGUAACAUAACGCACCUACAGUACUGCGUUUGUAAAGAAGACUGUUCAACGAGUAUCUGCAUGUGUGGACAGCUCAGCCUGCGCUGCUGGUACGACAAGAAGGGUCGUCUGCUCCCUGAGUUCUGCCGGGAGGAGCCUCCUCUCAUCUUUGAGUGUAACCACGCCUGCUCCUGCUGGAGGACCUGCAAGAACCGCGUCGUGCAAAAUGGAAUCAGGACCAGGCUGCAGCUCUUCAGGACCAGUAAGAAGGGCUGGGGUGUGCGUGCGCUACAUGACAUACCACAGGGGACCUUUGUAUGCGAGUACGUGGGGGAGAUCAUCUCCGAGGCAGAGGCAGAGAUGAGGCAGAACGACACGUACCUGUUCAGCCUGGACGAUAAGCCACAAGAUCAAUACUGCAUCGACGCUCGUUUCUAUGGCAACAUCAGCCGCUUCCUCAAUCACAUGUGCGAGCCCAACCUGUUCGCCUGCCGAGUUUUCACGAAGCACCAGGACCUCCGUUUCCCACACAUUGCCUUCUUCGCCAGUGAGAACAUCAAGGCUGGAGAGGAGCUGGGAUUUAACUAUGGCGACCACUUCUGGGAAGUAAAGAGCAAGCUGUUCAGCUGUGAGUGCAGCUCUGCCAAGUGCAAGUUCUCGUCGGCGGCCCUGGCGUCGCUGCAGGCGGACAGCACACCGGAGGAGCAGCAGCCCAGCGCUCUGCCCGACACCAGCUCCUCCAACACCCCCCCCUAAAGCCCCCCACACUACGCGUACCCACGACUGACGGACACAUCCUCCUUGAACUUUGAACUUUUAUCAGUCGACUUGUACUGUCUCUCUACUUCUGAUUGAAACCGUGGACCUUUGCGAGAACACGUUAAACGUUGUCACGCACAAUCAAAACCUGAAGGAACUUCCUGCUCCUUUAUUUGGUCACAGGAACAGCAGGGGGCAGCAAAUGUCACAGCGACAAUAAAACAGUCUUUACAGAACUUUACUCGGAGGGAGAACCGUGCAUUUUGACUUUUUUUUAAGAUGAUUGAAAUUGUUAAAAGGCUUUUCUUAUUGAGUUAAGAUCAAGGGACUUUGGGUGGGGGGUACAAUUGCCUGUUGCAGAGACGACCUCAGCAUACAGCUGGGCUUUUUUUGACCGUUGCGGUCGUUCAUCAUGAACCAUUCCAGCAAGAUAACUGAUAAAUAUUUAAUUUUGUUGCCACUUCUUUGUGUCACUUCAUCUUUUGUUGCAGUGUUUGAACAGAAAUGUUAUUCGCCACCAUAAUUAAUUAUGAGUUAAGAAAUAAUUGGAAAGCAAAGUAGUGGACAUUUUGUAUCUGGGGUCGUUAGUCUGAAUACAUUGGCUGUCCUUUUUUCAUUAAGCAUGUUUAAGGGGAUCUUAACGUGUCGUAGGAAUUUAUAAAACAGAAAUGGAGGGUUUAAAAAACAAAGGAAAAUGGUGCUGACAAAGGUUUUUACUUUUGUUUUAAUUUUUAUUACCCACGUGAACAUAGUUUGUAAGAUAAGAGAACGUUUUACAUUUUUUAUGUUUAAUUUUAACUCCACUUUUCUAAGCGUAGUAACUGUAGUUAGGCUAUUUUUAAUUUAGUUUCAUGAUUUUGCCGACCGAAGCGAACCCGUCUUUUUAAAUGUUGUUAGUAAAACAGUGACUGUUGUGCAAAGUCUUGAAAGGAGUAAAUAAAUGAAAAAAAAAGCUAUAAAAAUGCACUUCAUAACUUUCUGUUACAUAUUUCUGGACCGUGAAUCAUCCAUCUUAAUGGUUGUAUCUUUUUCAAUAAAUUUACUACUAAUGCAUUUAUUCUGA